AUGUCAGCUCCUACACAGAUACCUAUAGCGCCAAAUCCUGAUAUUCCACAACAACAUCAAGCUCAACAAGUUCAAGCUGCUUCAAGAAAAAGAAGUGUUCAAGAUUUCCAAUUUGGUAAUAGAAUUGGUGAAGGUUCAUAUUCAACUGUUUUCAAAGCAACUGAUAUUCAAAAUAAAAAAUUAUAUGCUAUAAAAGUAUUAUCCAAAAAGCAUAUAGUUAAAGAGAAAAAAAUCAAAUAUGUAAACAUUGAAAAAACAACUUUGAAUAGAUUAGGUCGUCACCCAGGGAUUGUUACUUUAUACUAUACUUUCCAAGAUGAUGCUUCUUUAUAUUUUGUUAUUGAUAUUGCUGAGUAUGGAGAAUUACUUACAAUUAUAAGGAAAUUAGGCUCACUAAGUGAAGAUUGUUCAAAAUAUUAUAUGAAACAAAUUAUUGAUGCUGUGGAUUUUAUGCAUAGUAAAGGUAUAAUUCAUCGUGAUUUAAAACCUGAAAAUAUCCUUGUGAAUACUGAUAUGAAAAUAAUGAUUACUGAUUUUGGUGCUGCUAAAAUUUUGGACUUGGAUCCUCAGGGAAAUAUAAUUGAUAAAUCAUCUACAAAUGAUGAAUCUUUGGAUAAAGGUUCAUUUGUUGGUACUGCUGAAUAUGUUUCACCUGAAUUAUUAAAAUUUAACAAAUGUGGAUUUGAAUGUGAUUUAUGGGCAAUUGGUUGUAUAAUUUAUCAAUUUUUCGUUGGUUUACCUCCAUUUAAAGGUAAAACUGAAUUUUUAACUUUUGAAAAAAUUGUUAAUUUACAAUAUCAAUGGCCAAAUUAUUAUAUACCAUCAACUGUUAAAAAUUUAGUUGAUAAUUUAUUAAAAUUAGAACCAAAGGAAAGAUUAACUAUUAAACAAGUUGAAUCUCAUAAUUGGUUUGGAAAUUUUAAUUGGGAUGAUAAAAAUUUAAUUUGGUUAACUCAACCACCAAAAUUAGAACCUUAUCAAUCAAUUAUUCAACAACAUAAUGAAAAUUCACAAAAUUUUAAAAAAAUUAUUAUACAAAAAAAAAUUCCAACUGCAACUGCUAAAAAAAAAUUAUUAAAUAAUACUUUAAAACAAAUUAAAAAUGAAAAUGGAAGUUAUAUUUAUUCUCCUUUAAAUAAUGGGAAUGGUGGCCAACCAUCAACAAAUCAAUUACCUCAACAAAAACCUAUUUAUUCACAACCUCAAGUUCCACCUCAAUUUAUACCAUCACCUCAAAAAAGAAGUCCAAAUUCUCCAGGUUUUAUAGGUCAAAGAUCAACUUCUCAACAACAUUUAUCACCAAAAGUAUUUAAUCCACAAUUACCAAGACAAACUUCUCAACCAGUGAUUUCUAAAAUUCCAUCAGGUCAACAACAACCACCACCUCAUGUUAAUCCAACAUUACAAUAUCAACAAUCUCCACAAAAGCCACCAUUAACUACACAACCUUUUAGACCUCAACAAUCAUAUCAAUCAUCAACUGUACCACCACCACCCCCAUCUGUUAAUGCACCACCACCUCCACAACAGCAACAACAAAAGGCACAAUCACAACAAGUUCCAUCAUAUAUACAAAACAUUCAAAAGCAACCACCACCUCAAAUAAGGAAUACUACUUCUUCAGCUUCAUCUAGUCCAAAAUUAGCACCUCCAUUAGUUCCAACUUCAUCACAAAUUAAACCUCAACAUAUAAUACCUCCUUCAAAUUAUCGUACUCAACCACCUCCAAAAAUCUUAACUCAAUCACCAAGAUCAUUAGGAAACUCAUCAAAUUCAAUUCCAAAUUCACCAAAUGGAUCAAAUUUAAAUAGUCCAAAAUCUAGCAACAAUUUACAGAAAUCAAAUUCAAGUGUUGUUUCAUCACCAAAAUCUCCACAAAGACGUCAAAAGACCACUUUAAAAUUACCAUUAGUAAUUUCUAAUGAAUUGGCAAUGGAUGAAACUGUUAUUAAAUUAGAUUAUAUAAAUGAAUCUGAAUUGAUUUACUCUUCAUUAUAUACAAUGGAUCCAACUAAUCCAUUAUCUGCAUUAAAUAAAAAUUCUGGAUUAGAUGAUGUUUUAAUUAAUGAAAUUAUUACAAGAAAUGAAUCACAAUUAAUUUCAAAUACAAAAAGAAUAGUUAUGGUUAUAACAGAUUAUGGAAAUUUAUAUCUUUUUAAAAAUGAUCCUAUAACUGAAAUUCAAAAAUAUUUAAAAAUUGAUUUAACUGAUAAAUUUUUUGCAAUGUAUGAUUAUGAAUUUAAUGAAUUUAAACAAUCUGGAUUUUUAAUAUUGGAAAUCACAAAAUUAGAUAAAUUGAUUUUCUUAUCACCUUUAUCAAAUCAAGUUAAAUUAGAUUUACAAGAUAUUAGUUCUAUACAAAUUGGUUUAGAAUUUUCAUGGAUUGAAGCAUUAUUGAAAACAAAAGAAUUAUUAAAAUCAAAACCAUCAUCACCUGCUAUAACUAACAAUUCCAAACCAUCAUCACCUGCAUUAACUAAUUCAUCAUCAAUAAAUAAUAUUUCAAAUUCAAAUACUCCAAUAUCAUCAUCAUCAUCACAAUCUAAACCAAAACCAAUUAAAAAGAAUUCACCAACUUCUACUACAACCCCACCAAUUAAAUCAUCGAAUGGACAUAAUCUUAAUGGGAAUAAUAAUGGAACUAAAACUAUGAGUAAAGCAUCAUCAAAACCUCCACAAGUGAAAGUACCAAGAAGACCAAGUUCACAAUCAACACCUACAACAGCAUCACAACAAUCAAAUCAACAAAAAAUUCAACAACAAAAUAAGAAAUUUGCAGGUGGUGCAGCAGCAGCAGCUUUUAAUGCUGCAAGUAGAUAA